GACAGCUCGGGUCUGCGGGAUUUCCUUCAGGGGCGACCAGGACGUUGCGGGGUUGCAGUCUGCCUCGGACGCUUUCGGCACGUGAACCACACCCAUGACGCCGUUAAGACCAAAAGCAAAAGCGGCGGGGAGGCCGUACCCCCACCCAGGACGGCGCUCGACCUUCAGGCGCUCAGGCCGCCGCGCGCACCGUGACAGGCUGUCCCUCCCGCGGCCUCCGAGCGCCCGGCCCGCGGUCUCCCUGCAAGGGUCCCCUGUGCGCUCGACCGUGGGGGUCGUUGCUCAGUUCCUGCAAUUUCUAUCCGGCCGUCCGCGGCUGCCGGGUCCAAACCACAAGUGUGCGCGUUACAGGCGCCGGGUCCGCCGGGGUUGAUUUCUUUAUUAAUCACCCGUGGCGCUCAGGGGGCGGCCACCCCGCGGGGACCCAGACGCCCCGAGGCCACAGCUGGUGCUCUGGAGCACGCAGGGGGCCGCGUGGCCUCCCGAGAUGACAGAAGAAACACCGGGAGGGGGGGGAGGGGGUCCGGCGGGCAGGGUGGCUUCUUAGUGACGCGCUGAGAAGCCAGCGGCCGCCCGCACCUCCGCUUUCGGUGCCGUUGCGCACCAUGCAAAUGUGUGCACCUAACCGGCCGCCACCUGGGGACGACAACAAUAGAUCCCCACGUCCCCCGCUCCGUGAGCACAAACGGAGACGAUGGCCCGCCAAAGGCCGCCCUCUGCUCACAAGCCCAGGGCCCCGUCCGGCUCAGAAGGGUCGCCUUCCAGCCUGCGGUCCUGUGCCCGGGACCCGUGCUCAGACGCCUGCAGUAGACACGCGGACACGCACGUCCGCUAGAGCUCACAGCCGCGUCCUCCUCCCUCACCGUCCGCGCCCUGCAAGCCCCGCCCGCGCCCGCCAGAAUGGACAUGAACGUGAGCGGCCCGGACAACGCCACGAUCCUCAUGCUGCGGGACCCGACCAUCGCCGUGGUCCUGCCCGUGGUCUACUCGCUGGUGGCGCUGGUCAGCAUCCCCGGAAACCUGUUCUCGCUCUGGGUGCUGUGCUGCCACAUCGGGCCCACGUCCCCGUCCGUCAUCUUCAUGAUCAACCUGAGCGUCACGGACCUGAUGCUGGCCAGCGUGCUGCCCUUCCAGAUUUACUAUCACUGCAACGGCAACCACUGGGUGUUCGGCGAGCUGCUGUGCAACGCCGUCACCGUGGCCUUCUACGCCAACAUGUACUCGUCCAUCCUGACCAUGACGUGCAUCAGCGUGGAGCGCUUCCUGGGCGUGGUGUACCCGCUGGCGUCCGCGCGCUGGCGCCGGCGCCGCUACGCCGUGGCCGCGUGCGCCGGGCUGUGGCUGCUGCUGCUGGCCGCCCUGUCCCCGCUGGCGCGCACCGACCUCACCUACACCGUCGAGGCGCUGGGCAUCGUCACCUGCUUCGACGUGCUCAAGUCCACCAUGCUGCCCAGCGUGGCCAUGUGGGCCAUGUUCCUCUUCACGCUGUUCAUCGUGCUGUUCCUUAUCCCCUUCCUGGUCACCGUGGCCUGCUACACGGCCACCAUCCUGACGCUGCUGCGCGCCCGCGAGCCGCACAGCCGGGGGCAGCGGCGCCGCGCCGUGGCGCUGGCCGCCGUGGUGCUGCUGGCCUUCGUCACCUGCUUCGCGCCCAACAACUUCGUGCUGCUGGUGCACGUGGUCAACCGCCUGUUCCUGGGCAGGACCUACUACCACGUGUACAAGCUGACCCUGUGCCUCAGCUGUCUCAACAACUGCCUGGACCCCUUCGUGUACUACUUCGCGUCCCGCGAGUUCCAGCUGCGCCUGCGGCGCUACUUGGGCUACGGGCACCUCCCCGCCGGCUGCCGCCACGCGCGCUCGGACAGCGUGUUCUCCGCCCGGACGCUGUCGGCGCGCUCCAUGUCCAGCGGCCACGAGGGGCUGGAGGAGGCAGGGAGGCCCUCGCUCAGGAGGCAGGAGAGCGUGUUCUGAGCCGGGCACCCCGCCCCGGGGACGGCUGAUGGGACGGCUCGCACGGGCCUUCACGCAUGGGAACCGCUGCGCGUCCAUGGCCGUGGCGCGUGGAGAGGGUCCCCAGGAGCGCACGUCCUAAACGGGACACCCGGACAGAACGGCUGGGGGACGGCGCGCACCGGCCUUCCCCCGUGCAAACCGCUGCGCCUCCGCUGCCAUGGCGCAUGGAGAGGGUCCCCAGGAGCGCACGUCCUAAAUCGGGCCACCGGGACAGAACGUCUGGGGGACGGCGCGCACCGGCUUUCCCCCGUGCGAGCCGCUGCGCGUCCGCGCCCAUGGCGCAUGGAGAGGGUCCCCAGGAGCGCACGUCCUAAAACGGGACACCCGGACAGAACGGCUGGGGGACGGCGCGCACCGGCCUUCACGCAUGGGAACCGCUGCGCCUCCGCCGCCGUGGCGCAUGGAGAGGGUCCCCAGGAGCGCACGUCCUAAAUCGGGCCACUGGGACAGAACGUCUGGGGGACGGCGCGCACCGGCCUUCCCCCUGCGAACCGCUGCGUCUCCGCCGCCGUGGCGCAUGGAGAGGGUCCCCAGGAGCGCACUUCCUAAAACGGGGCACCGGCAUGGAACACCCCACGGCUUAAUGACACAGGACUCAGCGUGCAGGACGCACUGGGCUCCGCUCCUCAGGACGGGGACCCACGCUGACCACGAGCUCAGCCAGCCCACCUGAGUCCCUCUGGAGCCCCAACAUCCGCCUGCCGUGUUCUCUGUGCCUUGUGCUGGGGUCGCCCAUGGCACCUGCUAUUCCCCAGCCUGGCACAGCCUGGUGCUUUUUGUCCAGCCCACCCUGGGUCACCGUGCGUUCUGGGAUUCACCCAGACCACCAGGCACAGGCCCCUUUGGGCUCGGUGCCCCAGGAGCCCACAGGACCCCCCCCCCCAUUUGAUCUGCUGCCCCCAGGAGCCACCACGACAGCUUACAAGUGAUUUGGUCACUCUGUUUCCUCGAGGCUCACAUCCUACAAGUCGCAAUGUCCAGACGGGAAGGACAUCCAUCCAGGAGGUGUGGCUCAGCACCCCACCCCCCCCCCCCACACACACACAAGGCUUGAGGGUCUCCAGCUCCAUGAGAAGCUGCGGAGGCCGAGUUUUGGGAAGGACGACGUGGGUCCGCAGCUACCGUGGGGCUCCCUGACGGGCUCCAGGGUGCCCCCUCCCCCCAGGUGCCCUCCUGCCGGUCCUCUGCCUCCUGGUGCCAGCCUAGAGCCCCUGAGCCACGUGCAAGCCCUCCCAGGCUGUGAGGUGGCCUCGUGCACCUGACCUGAGCCCUGGCGCCCCGUGGUGCCCAGGCCCCGGACAAGACCACCGAGCACACAAGCCUGCAGCAGGAUCACACCCCAGCCCCCUCUGUGCCCGUGCCUUCCUGAGCCCAGGACGCAGCAGUACCAGCCCCACAAUAUGUGCCGCUCUGGGAAGACGAGGGCCCCUGUCCCUGGGGAGUCCGGGAUGCCGAAACAGUGGGUUUCCUGGAGCCGGGGAUCCGUCUGCAACAGCACUGCCUGCUAUUUUGUUCAUCACACUGGGAUGCACAGCGUUCGGCUCAGGAACCCUCAGGCUGGGAUGGCUGGGGGGCAGGCAGCGUCCCCACUGUAGGUUUGGCACAGAUGGAGACUGGCAGCUGCCAUCCGAGGGCCUCUGGGAGCACCUGCUCCUGCCGUCACUGCUUUGGCAGAAAAGCAGACAGAGCUGUCCUAGAGGGAAUAAUGUCCCCCCAAACCCACAUCCACGCAAGCGCACAAUGUGACCUCUCAGAUCGGGAUGGCCAUCAAUCCAAUGGCACGUGUCUUUGUAAGAGACAAAAGAGAGACAGAGACACAGAGGAGAAGCCCCGUGAAGACAGAGGCACAGACAGGAGGGACGCAGACACAAGCCCAGGGACGCCUGGAGCCCCAGAGGCUGGAAGAGGCAGGAAGGACCCUCCCCUGGAGCCUCUGGAACGAACACGGCCCCUCCUGGAUCUCAGUGGCCCUGCCCCUCCUUGGUCUCAGGAGUCCUGCCCUGCCUGGAUCUCAGGGGCCCUGCCCUGCCUGGAUCUCAGCAGCCCUGCCCUGCCUGAUCUCAGUGGUCCUGCCCCACCUGGACCUCAGACUCAGGUGUCCAGAGCUAGGAGGGAUCAAUCCCUGUGGUUUUAAGUCCCCAGUGUGUGACAACUGUCCCCAUGACACACACCAUUGGUGUCACUCUGAAAUUGGAGGCCCAUCUAAACCUCGUCCUCCAGGUGGGUAAUUGCAGGGAACCUGCUGUUUGGGUCCCAGUCCCGUGGCACGCAGGGCUCUGGGCUCCCCCAGGGUCGGCCCUGGCGAUUCCCAGUGCGAAUGCUGCGCACAGAGCCACCCAGACAGUCCCCAUUGCCACAGCAGCAGAGAUUUCCCACACCACCAAUGCCUUUCUGCACACUGUGCCCCAAUUUUAAUUCUGGAAUAGGCCUCCCAUGCGGACAAGGUGAGAGCACUGUGAUCCCCGGGGCCUGGCCCAGAAGGCCUGGAUCCCACGUGGCAUCAGAAUCCUGGCUCCCUGUGAGGGGCUGUGGCCCCGGAGCUUAGCUGGUAAACUGUGGGAGCUGAUUCCGGCCUCCAAAGCCUCCAGGCCCCGCCCCCUGUGCGUGGUCCUCGACUCAAACCCACGUUCCCACGUUCCCAACUUGGGGAUGUGCUGGGGGGCACAGGCACCUGCAGGUGGAGAGCCCAGUGAGCCCCUGACCCUCGUCCUUGGGACCCGAGAGGCAGCCUUGGGGUCCCGUCGACACCCUCCAGCCCAGGCCGGCAUCGGGCACAGUCCUCGUCCACCGUCUUGCAGCUGGGACGUCCCUGCCGGGGGACAGUGUCUGAGCCAAUCGGGCCUCACUGCCCAGCUGUGUGCAGGGGGCUCAGAGCCCCCACAAGGAGCCUUCAGAGCGACCCCUGGAGACUUAUCUGGCUAAAGGUUCACUUGGGGGGGGGGGGCAGGGGGCUAAGGUGAGUCCAAGAAGGCGGGCGUUAGAGACCCGGAUUCUCCAGAGAAGGAGCCACGACCCCCGCCCUGCCCGACUGUCCCAAACCAGAAGGCUAGAAAGCAACGUCGAGGCAGCAGCAUCCAGGGUCGGAAAUCCUGAGCCAGAGAGACGCCCCCACCCACGUGCUGGGCGUGGGCCUCGGUGAGUCUCAUGCGGAAAAGCUGUGAAAACCUCAAACCACGGGGGCCUGUGACAGCUGCACACCUUGAACGCGGAGGAAGCCCGUUUACAUAAUAUCCUCGUCCACAGGAUGUCGGGCCCUGUAGCCCUCCGGUGACUCCGGGGGUUCAAGCAACAAACGAACCUCGGACCACGUGUGCUGUGUCUGUGUGUGCCCCAGACGCGCACCCUGUUCCCCGUUAAGUAUCGAAUAAAAAUAUCACACACCUGUG